AUGUCCACCGAUCACGCUGAGGACGACGCGGAUGUCAUGCAGCAAGACGAUGCAUACGAUGAAUCGCAUAUGGACGAGGAAGUAAACUAUGAUGAGGGUGAACCAGAAGCCGAUGAUGAUGGCGAUGCGUACGAAUCGGAUUCAGAGGUCGACGAGCUUGUUGAUGAGAUUGAUGAAUCCGACAAGCCGCCUGAGACGAAUCGACGCGCUCGGCGCGCACCGCUACGUGUGAAAUUGAUGCGCAGGAAUACAUCAUCAAAUUCUUCGCCGCGUCGUGCAUCUAUUCGAACGUCUCAACGCUCUACACGAAGUCGCGCAUCGCGAGAUGACAGCUACAUCGAUGAAAGCGAGGAUGAUGAGCUCAUGGAUGCUGGAGAUGAGGAAGACCCAGAAGAUGACGAGGAUGACGGCAAUUCGGAAACAACGAGUGAUAUGCCAAUGACGGCGCGCCAGAUUGCUAGAGCGAAUCGGGCGCGUGGUAUCACAACAGAGGAGUUGGAGGAAUUACCUAUGGAAGAGUCCUCACGCAAGAAAAAGUUGUCAGAAACUGAAUUACAACUACGUCGCUCAGAGACCGCACGACGUCGACGAAACCAAAGUGAGAAAAAACUGGAGGACGAUAAAAUCGAGACAAUCAAUCGCCUACUCAAGAAACAGGCAGGCAAAGCUCGCGGCAAAGACAAGACGGAUGGGGAACCGCCGGAAGAAGACACUAAAAAGCCCCGUGAUAUCCCAGCGAAUCAUCCACAACCCUUUUUCCGCUACGUAAACCGCGCCGACAAAUCUGUGCUAGCUGUGCCGCUGGGUGAGCCGUACAGUGAUGAUAACAAGACCGAAGGUCUAUAUGAUUACACAUUACGAACAGCGUUUCAAAUGUCGCGAGAGGCAUGGGCGCAUAGCUAG